AUGGAGGAUCGUCUCGCGCAGGUGCCCUCAGUGGACACCUUCCGGCUCUCUGAUGAGGUAUUGGAAUUCCUCGCGAAGAGCUCGAAGGAUUCGUUCCAGCUCGAGCAGAAGAAGCCGACCGAGGUCACACGCCAGUUCACCACUUCUAUCGAUCAUGAGAACAAUCACAUCGAUGCCCGAGCCGACAGAUACCAGAACAAAAUUCGUAAGGGCCACCAUCAGGCAUGUCGGCGGGGCUUCACCGUUGACGGUCAGGUUACCAGGUCUCAGGGUCGCAUCGCGAAACUCGCUACCACCAACAGUCUCAGUUUCGUUGGCAAGACCGUCGGCUCAAUCAAGAUCGUCGGCCGUGAUGACCCUACGCAGGCUGAAACCCAGCGUGCUCAGAAGGUUCUAGAGAUCCUUCAAGGUCUCAUGGACCUCCAGCACGAUAACCCGUGGGUUCAGCUAGUAUUCUUCUCGUCUCCCAGGGAUGACUUCCAGUGGCCCUCCGCCUGGACGGAGGAGGCGAACGAUGCGGGUAUGGUCAGAUUCCAUGCCGACCGUGUCACUCGCCCCCUCAAUCCAUCCCAGACGAAAGCUGUGAAGCAGAUGCUCCAGCAGUCGAAUGACGGACGUCUUACUACCACUGUCAUCGCCUCGUUUGUUCAGACUGCCCUGGCCGGUGGACUCUCUGGCAUCUGGCUCAUUGCCCAAUCCAAUGUUGCCGUCAAGAAUAUUGCCGAGAAACUCACUGACUUUGGCCUGACCAAUUGGAAGCUUCUUGUUUCAACGGAAUUUUUCGACGACUGGCACGAGCACCUCUAUGCCAACAUUCGGGCUAAUAUCAUCACAUCUGAGGACUUCUCUGCGCCAGGUUUUUUUAAGGAGCUCCAGACCACCCCGGUUAUUCUCUGUACUUUGUCUAUGCUCUCAUCUUUCGCUCUUCGAAGGUUUGGAGGUUUCACAGCUGCGCCACUGAGGACCCUCGUCAUCGACGAAGCGUCCCAAAUUGAGAUUGGUGACUACAUUCCUCUCUUCACCUCUCACACCUCCAUUAGAAAGGUGUGCUUCAUUGGUGACGACAAACAAUUGCCACCCUAUGGUCAGGAUGAUAUCCAGGACCUGAAGAGCAUUUUCGAAGUCAAGCAUCUCAAGGACCAUGCCAUUUUUUUAGAUACCCAAUACAGGAUGCCCCCUCAAAUUGGAAAGUUCAUCUCUGAAGCUGUGUAUGAUUGCGUACUCAAGUCGGAUCCGCUACACCCCGUCACGGACGAGAGAAUGGCUUGUCAUUUUAUCAACAUUCCCAGCCAGGAACAACUACAUGGAACUAGCUGGAAGAACCUUGGAGAGUGCCAAACCAUUCUCCGCAUCGCUAGCAUGUUGCAAGAGAAGAAUAAGCAAUUCCGCAUCAUCACCCCGUAUGACGCUCAGCGGAGUUUGAUCGAGGAGGGUUUUAAAGCUCAAGGAGCUCGAUUGGGAGGAUAA